UGCCAGAAAGUAGGCGGAGUCAGAGAUCGGGAGUUAUCAUGGCGGCUGGCGAGCAACAGGCAGCUCACCGGCCUGGAGCGUUCAAGCAACAGAAUAAGGCGCACAAAACUGGCCGGCACCGGGGUCGUGGGGCGCAGGACCGGGAAAACAAAGGUCGGGUACCUGCAAAAGUUCUCAGUAAAAAAAUUAGGAAAGAUUUGAAAAAGCUGGACAGGAAACAUAAAGCUAACCAGAUCCGCAGACACAGGAAAGAUGUUGUUCUAGCAGAGAAGCGACACCUAGGAAGUAAAGAUGGCCCCCCACACCUUGUGGUAGUGGUCACUCUGCAUGCUGGUGUGGUCUGUAGCAGCCUACUAAAUCUGGUACAGAGUAACGAGGGUGAUGAGCUACAUGAAGAUGAGUCACGGAGUGGCCAGUUUGCUCUGGUCUGUCCUAAGCUGAAGCAGAGAUGGCGCUUUGUCCAAGCAAACAAAGAUGAUCUUCAUUCCCUGCUGGACUUGGCUAAGGUGGCUGACACGCUUCUUUUUGUUCUGGAUCCCCACGAGGGAUGGGACGGUUAUGGAGAUUAUUGCCUUUCCUGUCUAUUUGCUCAGGGCCUGCCUAGUUUUGUUCUCGCUGUGCAAGGUAUAAAUGAAAUCCCAAUAAAGAAAAGAAUAGAUGUGAAGAAACAGCUGAGUAAACUGACUGAGAAGAGGUUCCCUGAUGCCAAGCUCUUUCACCUGGACACCGCACAGGAGGCUGCAGUACUCCUAAGGCAGAUGGCUACCCAGAAACAGAGACACUUGGUGUUCCGAGACAGGCGCUCCUAUCUUCUGGCGCACAGAGCAGAUUUCCUGCCAUCCGAUGACAGUGGCCUGGUGGGCACAUUGAAAGUCUCUGGCUACGUUCGGGGGCAGGAACUCAAUGUUAACAAGCUGAUGCACAUUGUUGGUCAUGGCGACUUCCAGAUGAGCCAGAUUGAUGCGCCUCCUGACCCUUAUCCGUUAAACCCACGCAUCCACGGGACUAAAGCGAAGAAAGGACAGGAUAUGGAUAUAGCGGAUGAAGGUAAUAUCUGCACAGAAAUGGAGGAGGAUGUGAAGGUCCUGAUGAGAGCAGAUCCAGCAGUACAAGAGUCACUGCAGGCUGAGGUGGUUCCCGAUCCCAUGGAAGGGGAGCAGACUUGGCCCACCGAGGAAGAGCUUAGAGAGGCAGAGGACUUAAGAAAAAACAUGGAAGUGAAAAAAAAAGUUCCAAAAGGUACAUCCACCUAUCAGGCAGCAUGGAUCUUGGAUGAUGACGAAAAUGAUGGAGAAGAAGGAAGUGAUAGUGAUGAUGAUAUGGAUGACGAACAGGAAGACGCCAUGGAAAAGGCAGUUUCUGAGGAAGGGGAGAGUAGUGUUGAGGAUCCAGGAGAAGAGAGUGAGACUGUCACUAUCCCAGACAGCACCCGGGAUGACAAGUACGAUGAAAACCUGGAUGAGAUGGAGGAAGAACAGAUGCUGGAAAAAUACAAACUGCAGCGUCAGGAGGAGAUGUUCCCGGAUGAGGUGGACACCCCACGAGAUCAGCUGGCCAGAAUAAGGUUCCAGAAGUAUCGUGGUUUGAAAAGCUUCCGCACAUCACCAUGGGAUGCAAAGGAAAAUCUUCCUAGAGAUUAUGCCCGCAUCUUCCAGUUUCAUGACUUCUUCCGGGCUAGGAAACGUGUCUUCAGAGAAGUAGAAGAGAAGGAUGAAGGUGCUAUGGUUGGCUGGUAUGUUACGGUACAUAUCAGUGGGGUACCUGUCUCUGUACUCGAACAUUUCAGGCAGGGGGCGCCUCUUGUCCUGUAUUCUCUCCUCCCUCAUGAACAGAAGAUGUCUGUGGUGAACAUGCUUGUGAGAAGACAUGCUAGCAACAGUGAGCCAGUGCAAGCUAAGGAAGAGCUGAUAUUUCAUUGUGGCUUCCGACGGUUCCGGGCAUCACCCCUGUACUCUCAGCACACGUCCGCGGAUAAACACAAAUCGGAGCGUUUCCUGCACCCCAAUACAGCUGUGGUUGUCACUGUGUAUGCCCCCAUCACCUUCCCAUCUGCAUCAGUGCUAAUGUUCAAGCAGCGCAGCAAUGGGAUACAUGAUCUUGUUGCCACUGGCUCUUUGCUAAAUGUGGAUCCGGACCGGAUAAUAAUCAAGAGGAUUGUGCUGAGUGGUCACCCAUUUAAGAUUCUUAAGAAAACAGCUGUGGUCCGCUACAUGUUCUUCAACAGAGAGGAUGUGUUGUGGUUUAAACCAGUGGAGUUGCGUACAAAGUGGGGCCGUAGGGGACACAUCAAGGAACCCCUAGGAACACACGGACACAUGAAGUGCUAUUUUGAUGGACAGCUGAAGUCACAAGACACUGUAUUAAUGAACCUGUAUAAGCGUGUUUACCCUAAGUGGAACUAUGACCCACACGUGCCUGCCCCAGUCACCUGGGUGAAGAAUGAGCGGGAGAUUAAUCUUGCAGAAGUGGAGAUGGAUUAAAUCAUUUACUCUUGUUUACUGCAGUCUUUAUAUAUACACACUCUCUCCGCUUCACUGACCAUCUGGGAUUUGUAUUUAUUUUGUGUUCGGACAUUUUAAAGAUGUGUGAAUUAUAUAAAAAUAACAAAAUUAAGGAAACAAA